GUGAGUUGCGCUGUCAAAACAACAUUCUUAGAGUGGAGCUUUGUUAUUGUUCGCAAGAAUCUACCAAAAAGGGAGAUUUCCCGUGCGAAAAGUAGUGAGCAAGCCAUCUAAUUGCCACAGAGACUGGUCAAUUAUUGUGUUGAAAGGAGAAAACAAUGUCCCAUACGAUUCUGCUCGUUCAACCGGGAGCGCGCCCGGAAACGCGCACUUACAGCGACUACGAGAGCGUCAACGAGUGCAUGGAGGGCGUCUGCAAAAUCUACGAGGAGCACCUCAAGCGGAGGAACCCCAAUUCGCCGACAAUCACCUAUGACAUUAGCCAAUUGUUUGACUUCGUGGAUCAGCUCACGGACCUGAGUUGCUUGGUGUAUCAAAAAUCCACGAAUACCUACGCGCCAUACAACAAAGAAUGGAUCAAAGAGAAGAUCUACGUUCUGCUCCGUCAGGCGGCCGGUAAUUCAGACUGAGCUUCCGGACGUUCAGUGUGAACAUUUCACAGCUUGCGUGACUGCUGAAGUUGAUACAUUUUAAGGAUCAUUUUGUACGUCUCCUUAAGAUACAAUAUCACACACGAUUCUCUCCUCAUUAGCGAUUUUAUUUUAUUGCAUUCUCGUGAAUUCAUCUCACAAUUCGUGAACGCUGGAUGAGGAGCUUUUUCAUUUGUAAACAGGAGAGAAAGAGAAAAAGAUUUUCAUCCCAUUAUUCAUUUGAGAAUAUCACUCGAAAUAAACAUACUUGAUUUACUGUAUCUGUGAACUUUUGUCGAC